AUGGAGGGCUGCUGGACCGAGACCAUCAGCCCAGAGCAGAGCUCCUUGUUCCCAACGCUGCUGCAGCUCUCCACCGAAGAGAUUAUUGCUAUUUGGGAUGCCGUGUCCAAUUACAUCCUGGAAGAGCUGAUGCAGGACAAGGGUGUGCUGCUAGCGGGGCUCGGCACCUUCUGCACGGUCUGGGAGCCACUGCGCCCUGGCAAAGACGACGUGCUGACAGUUCGAAGGCCUGUGUUCCAGCUGGAAAUGGACAUGGUCUGGCUGCAGAGGCUCCAGCAUCCCAAAGUGACUCUGCCUGACAACGUGAAGAUCAAGCCGCUGAAGUACCGGCAGCUGUCCCUGGCCACCUCCUUCUCGAGGCGCGUGGUGGAAGACUGCGUGCAAGAGACCAUCCGCUUGUUCUCUGCGCACGUGCGCAACAAAGAGAAGGUCGCCUUUGCCUUCAGGGACGUCGGCGUUCUGACUUGCCAGGAAGACAAAGUGCACAUGAGCUUUUAUGCCCGCUGCACCCGGUGGCUGGCGGACCCCUGCAGUCUUCUCCGCACCGGCAUGAGGGGCUAA